AUGGCCAACAACUCUUCUCGAACACCACUGCGCGACCUUGAACGCGCCACCUCCUACUCUCCCAUCCCCGACCAGCCACACACCUUCAUUCCGGCUGGCAACCGGAGAUCCAAGAAACUUUUAGCAACCAUUCUCUUUUCAUCUGUUUUCUUCAUUUCCUUAAUUCUUCUGUUCAUCAACCAACAGCCUGAAUCUCAAACCAAUGUCAAUGGGUCAAAUCAAGAAAAGUCAACAGCAGCUCGACCUACGCCGCCAUCAAGAGGGGUGUCUCAGGGAGUGUCGGAGAAGACUUUCCGGCAGAUCGGCGUCGACAAAAAUGUUUCCUACCCAUGGACCAAUGAUAUGCUGUCUUGGCAGCGUACGGCUUACCAUUUUCAACCGGAACAUAAUUGGAUGAAUGGUCCAUUAUUUCACAAAGGAUGGUACCACUUCUUCUACCAGUACAAUCCAUAUUCAGCAGUGUGGGGAAAUAUCACAUGGGGCCAUGCAGUAUCAAAGGAUCUUAUCCAUUGGCUCUACCUACCUUUUGCAAUGGUAUCUGAUCACUGGUAUGAUUUCAAUGGAGUCUGGACUGGAUCCGCCACCAUCCUUCCUGAUGGUCAGAUCGUGAUGCUGUACACCGGAAGCACGGUUGAUGCGGUGCAGGUGCAAUGUUUAGCAUAUCCUGCCAACCUAUCUGAUCCUCUCCUCCUUGAUUGGAUUAAAUACCCGGGUAACCCUGUUCUAGUUCCCCCACAUGGUAUUGGGUUAAAGGACUUUAGGGACCCGACUACAGCUUGGCUCAGCCCGGAUAGUGAGAGAUGGCGGAUCACGAUUGGAUCCAAGGUUAAUCAAACGGGUAUUUCUCUUGUGUAUGAAACAGUUGAUUUUAAAAGCUAUGAGCUGCUAGAUGGGGUUUUGCAUGGCGUUCCAGGUACAGGUGUGUGGGAGUGUGUGGACUUUUACCCAAUUUCGACGACCGAUGCAAAUUGGAUGGAUACAUCUGUUAACAUACCGGGUAUUAAGCAUGUGCUAAAAGCAAGUGUGAUGAAUGUCAUGGGUGACUAUUAUGCACUUGGGAUAUACAAUCCGUUUGAGAAUAAGUGGACACCAGAUGACCAGGAAUUGGAUGUGGGAAUUGGGUUGAGAUACGAUUAUGGCAAAUAUUAUGCUUCAAAGACAUUUUUCGAUCAGAGAAAGAAGAGGAGAAUUUUGUGGGGCUGGCUUAAAGAAACUGAUAAUGAAGCAGAUGACAUCAUGAAGGGGUGGGCAUCUGUUCAGUCUAUUCCAAGGACCAUUGUGUUUGAUAAGAAGACAGGCAGUAAUAUACUUCAAUGGCCAGUUACAGAAGUGGAAGAUUUAAGAUCAGAAAGUGCUGAAUUUGAUAAUGUGAAGCUUCGACCGGGAUCUAUUGCUCCAUUGAUAGUUGACACAGCUUCACAGUUGGACAUAGUUGCCUUAUUUGAUAUUGAUAAAGAUGCAUUUGAAGAAACAGUUGAAACAGACGACGUUUACAGUUGCCCAACAAAUGGUGGUGCUGCUAAUAGGGGAAAAUUAGGACCAUUUGGCAUUAUCGUUCUUGCUGAUGAAAAACUAUCAGAGGGAACCCCAAUCUACUUUUACGUUAUCAAAGGAGAUAGUGGAAAGGUCGAAACCCAUUUUUGUGCUGAUGAAUUGAGAUCAUCAAAAGCUCCUGAUGUUGACAGAGUAGUCCAUGGGAGCAAAGUCCCUGUGCUUGAUGGUGAAAAAUACUCUCUGAGAUCAUUGGUUGAUCACUCCAUAGUGGAGAGCUUUGCUCAAGGAGGAAGAACAGUCAUAACAUCGCGAAUUUAUCCAACGAAGGUGACCAGUGGAGCCUCACGAGUUUUCUUGUUUAACAAUGCCACAGGAGUGAGUGUCACAGCAUCUGUCAAGAUAUGGAAAAUGGAUUCUGCGAAUAUUUGUCCCUUCCCCUUCGAUCAGUUGCGACUCAUCUCAAAUGCUGUACUAUAA